UUCGCAACUCUCCGUAUUGUACCGCCAGCUUGCGUUCGAAUCGUUUGGUAAAUAGACGUUCGCGUGUCAGAUCGUGGCUACGAGUGAUGAGUUGUCUGUUGAAUUUAUCGUGUAUACGUUUCGAUUUAUAGCGAGCAUUAUUUUGUUCUUAAUUAGAGCAAACACUAUUGAGAGAUUUGGAACAUUUCUGCAGUAAACAGCAUCAGUAGCGUCUACUAGACAAGAGAACCUUUCAGAUUUGUGAGAAAAACAAUCGUAAACGAUGCCUGCCGCACCUAGUGCUACCUCCGUGGGCUCGGUUGGACGGUCGCCCAGCAAAGCCAUAGCACCAAGAACAGGUGGCAGCGGUACCGUUAGGCAAAGGAAAACCACCGUAGCUACUUCGAGUAGAAAUAGGAAUACAGGCACAAGCUCUGGUGGUAUGUGGAGAUUUUACACGGAUGACUCGCCUGGCAUUAAAGUGGGUCCUGUGCCAGUACUUGUCAUGUCUCUUUUGUUCAUUGCAUCUGUAUUCAUGCUUCAUAUCUGGGGCAAGUACACUCGAAACUAGAAGUAAGCGCAAUCUGUUAGGAUGUGAUUGGGAGGGCCAAGAAGAAAUGAACGAAGUAAAGCACUUGUAAAGUAAAUCAGCAUAUU